AUGGCUACCCCCAGUGUCCUCACCUUUGAUGCUGAAGGUCAUGCUUUUGACUUCGAGGUCUGGGUCGAUGACCUCCAGCUCUUCCUACAGUGCGAUAGGGCAGAUGGACUCUCCCUGUUCGAUCUCACCUCUGGUGCCUCUCCUGCCUCGCCUGCUGAUGCUGACAGCACUGUUCGCUCACACUGGGCCACCCGCGAUGCUGCAGCCCGUCUUGCUGUGCAUCGCCACUUACCGACCGCUGAGCGUGCGCACUUUAGUCAGUACAAGAGUGUUAAGACCUUGUAUGAAGCUGUAGUUGCACGCUACUCUUCCCCUGCCACUGCUGCCCUUAGCCGCCUCAUGCUGCCGUACCUGUUCCCUGACCUCGUCGCCUUUCCCACUGUUGCUGGCCUCAUUAAGCACCUUCGCACUAGUGACACCCGCUACCGAGCUGCUCUUCCUGCUGAGGACCACUUCCUCUCUGUUUGCCCCACCACACUCACCGUUGACCUCCUCGAGGAGCGCCUCCUGGCAGCUGAGAAGAGUAUAGUUGCUGUAGGAGCCUCUCGUGGUGACCCUCGUGCCCCCUUCUUUGAGGGGUGCUCCCCCUCCCCCGUGUUGCCCUGUGUUGCCUCUGCUGCUGCCGUCGACCUCGUUGGCUUUGAGUCAGUCGGAGCUGCGUCUGCCCAUAGCGGGCGACGCUGCACCAGCAAGGGCGAGGGGGGCAAGGGCGCUGGAGGGGCUAGCGGGGGCGGUGGAGGUGGAGGUGGAGGAGGCGGAGGGAGUGGGGGUGGUGGUGGGAGUGGUGGCGGAGGUGGGGGCUUCAGUGGCGGCGGUGGCGGCGGAGGCGGCGGCGGCGGUGGCGGUGGGAGCGGAGGAGGAGGCGGUGGCGGCGGUGGCGGAGGUGGCGGCGGAGGAGGUGGAGCUAGUCGGGGUGGCUCUGCGCAGCGGGGCGACUUAGGUGGUGGUGAGCGCCAGCAGCAGCAGCGCACUUGUGAGAACCCGUCCCCCCAGCAGCUUUGUGAGUGUGAUGAGGGUGACUCUUACCUGUGUGUUCCGCCUGACCCUGUCAUUGAGGCUGCUGCUCUAGGUGCUGGUGAGGCAGCUGCUCUAGGUGCUUGUGCGUCUGCUGCCCCAGGUGCCGGUGAGUCUGCUCUCUCAGGUACCACGUCGGCUCAGGCCUUACACACCUUCACCCUUGACUCGGGUGCUUCCCGCUCCUUCUUUCGACACCGCACCACGCUUACGCCGCUUAGUUGGCCGGUUGCAGUCUCCCUGGCGGACCCCUCUGGGGGUCCUGUCCUUGCUCACUUCUCCGCUGUCUUACCGUGUCCGGCAGCCCCCUCUGCCACCCUGUUUAGAUGGGGGGGUUGA